AUGAACUUGAUCCUGCAUCUGAACGCGCAAGAGCAUACCCUGAACACGAUACAGAUUGCCGCCGAGACGAAGAGAGAUAGUACUAGCAUGACAUCGAUUGCGCUGCUCACCAUGGUUUUCUUACCUGGCAGUUUCACCGCUACGGUGCUGGGUGCUGGAAUCCUCCAGUCGACGCCCAGUACGACUUCUUUCAAGGUGACAGAGCUGUGGUGGUUAUGA